AUUUUUUCUCCCUGAUAUCAUCAACUGAUACAGAGAGAAACGAACUUCUCAAACAGCUGCUGUUGACCACUCAACAACAAUCCGAGCACUUAAAAGUGCUCAUAGAGAAUCAAAUGCAACUAACCAAGCUGUUGUCAUCUCAAAAAACGAACCAAGCAGAGAGAAAAAGGAAAUCAGAAGAACCCCUCCCAGCUCUGAGUCCCCCUCCCCCAAAAAAGAAAAUGCAGUUUACUAUGGAGGAGUUGAAUGAAAUCAGGGACGCAACCCUCGCUUGGCAAAAUGAUGAUGAUUAUGAUGAUGAUACCCUUAAUAUAAAGAGCUUACCAAGUGCGUAAUGCUUAUAGAAAAAUAUAAAUGCAGAAACAAGAGAUGUUCAUCCAGUUUCGAAAACAGGAGAGAGCUGCACCGUCAUCGCAUGGAACAUCAUUUUCAAGUCGGCGGGUCCGUCAAAUCAACACCAUGGACCGAUGAGAAUGAUGCACCAUGGAUCAUGGACGAUGGCACCCAGGAUGAACAUUUAAAGAAAGAAUAUCUGGUAAAUAAAAAACUUAUUUUAGCUAAUGACAAGGUGAACGAUAUGGUUUCCAUUUACAAUUUCCCUACACCCCCGAAUCUCUCUAGCAACGAUCUGGUUGAUUUUUUUGAUUUUGUCUACCAGCAACAAUC